AUGGCUUUGUCAAUUCUGGUUUUCAUCAUGGGACAAACCUUUAACCAGUCUUCAUAUCUUACUCAACAUCACAGGAUUCAUACUGGAGUGAAACCUUUUCAAUGUCAAGAAUGUGGCAAGGCCUUUAACAACAAUUCAGCCCUUCCUCGACAUCACAGAAUUCGUACUGGAGAGAAAACUUACCAGUGUCAAGAAUGUGGCAAGGCCUUUAACCACAGCACAGGGCUUACCCACCACCACAAAAUUCAUACUGGUGAGAAACCUUACCAAUGUGAACAAUGUGGCAAGGGCUUUUUACCAGAGCCCGUCUUACUGAACAUCACAGAAUUCAUACAGGAGAAAAACCUUACCAAUGUCAAGAAUGUGGCAAGGCCUUUUACCGAAGCUCAAUUCUUACUGAACAUCACAGAAUUCAUACUGGAGAGAAACCUUACCAAUGUCAAACAUGUGACAGGGCCUUUAACCACAGCUCAUCCCUUACUUAUCAUUGCCGAAUUCAUAUUGGAGAGAAACUUUACCAGUGUCAAGAAUGUGGCAAGAACUUUUACCAGAACUCAGUGCUUACUAAGCAUUACAAAACUCAUACUUGAAGGAAACCUUACCAAUGUCAAGAAUGAGGCAAGGCCUUCAAACAUAGCUCAAUCCUUACUCAGCAUCACAGAAUUCAUACUGGAGAGAAACCUUACAAAUGUCAAGAAUGUGGCAAAGCUUUUUCAUGGUCCUCACCAUCCUCGCAUCACAGAAUUCAUGCUGGAGAGAAGUCUUACCAAUGUUAACAGUGUGGUGAGGCCUUUCACUGGCCUUCAUACCUUCCUCAACAUAGCAGAAUUCAUAGUGGAGAGAAACCUUACCAAUGUCAAAAAUGUUGCACGGCCUUUACAGGCACUCAAUCCUAACUAAACAUCAUAAAAUUCAUACUAGAAAGAAAGCUUACCAGUGUAAAGAAUGUGAGAAGAGGGCACCUAGGUGGCUCAGAAUUAAGUGUCUGCCUUAGGCUCAGGUCAUGAGCCCUGCAUUGAGCU